AUGGAUACCUACAGAUGGCAGCACAAUAAUGCUGUAGUAACAAGACUCUAUUAUUCUGAGAGAAUGGUUGAAGUUCUCUUCGGAAUGGCAGCAACAGCUACUGCAAUUGAUGGGUUCUUUAUCUCAAGAAACUACUUCGCAUCAGCUGCUAGAGCAAGAAUUAUUCAGUAUUGGGGUUAUGCAGCUCUCCUAAGCGGAAUUUCCCUCUAUGUGCUUUUGAAGCCACUCACCAGUCACGAGAUUUCACUAAACUGGAAGAAGAGAAGGACAAUGGGCAAGUGGCUCUGGUCAGUUUAUCAUUUGGACGAGGAAGAAUGGGAAGUAUAAAGAGUAUUUAUGGCCUCAAUUGUAAAGUU